AUGGAAGCCCACUUUGACAAGGUCUUCGGCCACGUAGACGACGCCAAGCCACGCCACGCCCGGCCAGCAGCCGACGAGCGCCCGGCCAAGAAGCAGGCGCGCGCGCCAGCGACGGCGGCGCUGCCCGACGUCGACGCGCCCGACAGCGCCGAGUUUGUCCUCAACGCGCGCACAGUCAAGCAAAUGGUGCAGUCGCUCGAGAAGAAGCUGCAGAAGAACGAGCUCAUGCGCGCCAAGCACCCAGACGACCCGACCAAGUUCAUGGACUCGGAGCUCGCGCUGCACGAAGACAUUGGCCGCCUCAAGAACGUGGCGACCGAUCCCGAGCUCUUUGCUGUGCUCAUCGAGCACAACGCGGUGCCUAUGUUUGUGCAACUGCUGUCGCAUGCCAACAUGGACAUCCGCAUGGACGUGGUGGCCGUCCUGUCCGACAUCACGGACGUCGACCGCGUCGGCGAGGUCGAGUCGCUCAUCGAAGCCAUCAUGGGCCACAAGGGCCUCGAGCUGCUCUGCCACAACCUCGACGAGCUGCUUCAGGACGCACAUGCCAACAGCGACGACGAGAAGCGCGCGGCCAUCUACAACAUUCUGCAGAUUAUUGAAAACUUGUCCGAGCUUGUGCCGGAAAGCUGUGGCAUCUUGAGUACGUCGACGAACGUCCUCGACGUGCUCUUGCGGACGUGCGCGUCGCCGGAGAUGACGGAGAACCGACUGUACUGCUCCGAGAUCCUCUCGAUUCUUGUGCAGGCGUCGGACGACGCGGCCGACGUCCUCGGACGCCGCGCGCUCGACGAGGACCGCCUCGACCAACUGCUUCAAUGCCUCGCGUCGUACCGCAAGGCUGACCCGAGCUCGGACGAAGAGGAAGAGCUGGUGCACAACCUCUUCAACGUGCUCUGCAGUGCGCUGCGCCUGCCCUCGGUGCAGGACCGGUUCCGAUCUCUCCAGGGCUUUGAGCUCAUGCUGCGUUUUGUGAAAGCCAAUCUCUUUUGCAAGGGCCCGGCGCUGCGCAUCUUGGACCACGCCACGAUGACCCACGCGCGCAACUGCGAGCGGCUCGUCGAACUCGGCGGGCUCAAGCAGCUGUGCCCGCUCUUUAUGGGCAAUGCGGCCAACGACGAGCACGUGCUCUCGCUCUUGGCGUCGCUCAGUCUAUGGCUGCCCAUUGACUCCAAGUACGACGUCCGCGACCGGUUCCAGGCCAAGUUUCUCGAAAACAACUUUGAGAAAACCGACCGGCUCGUCGAGUUCGUCUUGCAGUACCAUAGCGCGAUGCACCGCCAGUUUGAAGAGCCCAUCCGGCGAGACGACAUGGACGACGAGGCGUACGAGUCGAUCUUGGAAGCGUACCGCCUCCACCAGCUCGACAAUGGACUCUUCACGCUCCAGCAAGCGUGCUUUGUGACAGGCCACCUCUGCCAAGUCUUUGCCAAGUCCCUCCUUCCGUACGUCAAGCAAAAGCUCCAUGUCCAUGGCCUCUCGCUGGCGACGAUCGCCAAGGUGCUGGCGGCCCACGCCGAAAUGAUUGAUGAGGCCCACCAUGCCGUGCAGAAAGAUCGCCUCAACGCGCUCGUUCAAUUUUUGAUCCAAGUGCUCGAGCAGGACGCCCCGCCCGCCGACGACAACGACGACGAAGAAGAGACCAAGACCAGUGCCUAA